AUGAACUUUCUCUGGGCCCUGGUGGCCCUAUUCGCCGUCAGUGAGGCGUGGGCCAAGUCGGAUCGGCACCAUCGUCACAUGCGAGUGACGGGACAUCCACAGAUUGGAAGAAUCCCGCUCAAGAAACUCACCACCAUCCGCGACACGCUUUUCGAAGCCGGCUCCUACAAAGAGUUCGCCAAGCAGCGUGAGCUCGCCUUGGCCAAGCGCAUCCGCAAGUACCACCCCCACCGCCACCACAAGGACAGCAACCGUCUGUUCACCCCGGAUGAGCAUCUAAGGAAUUAUAUGGAUGCCCAAUACUAUGGAGAGAUCUCCAUCGGAACUCCCGCUCAGAACUUCACUGUCAUCUUCGAUACUGGAUCGUCCAACUUGUGGGUCCCGUCGCGAAAAUGCCCGUUCUACGACAUUGCUUGCAUGCUCCACCACCGCUAUGAUUCGGGAGCUUCCUCCACCUACAAGACUCUGUCUGCGUCGCCGGGCUCUGCGCCGAGGACCAGCCCUUCGCCGAAGCCACCUCUGAACCCGGCCUCACCUUCAUUGCCGCCAAGUUCGACGGUAUCCUCGGAAUGGGAUAUCCCCAAAUUGCUGUUCUCGGCGUCUCCCCCCGUCUUCAACACGUUCAUCGACCAAAAGAAGGUCGCCCAGCCUGUGUUCGCCUUCUGGUUGAGCAGGGAUCCUGAUGCCGAGAUUGGAGGCGAGAUCACCCUGGGUGGACUCGACCCCAACCACUAUGUCGAGCCGAUCACCUACGUGCCGGUCACCCGCAAGGGCUACUGGCAGUUCAAGAUGGACAAGGUCAGCGGGAAGUCUGGAGCCAUCGCCUGCACGAACGGAUGCCAAGCCAUCGCAGACACCGGUACCUCGCUCAUUGCGGGACCGAAGAAGCAGGUCGAAGAAAUCCAGAACUUCAUCGGCGCCGAGCCCCUGAUGAAGGGAGAGUACAUGAUUCCGUGCGACAAGGUCCCUUCGCUCCCCGAUGUCUCGUUCCAGAUUGGCGGCCAGGAGUACACCCUCCAUGGAACUGACUAUGUCCUUAAUAUCACCGCCGGCGGAAAGUCGAUCUGCCUCUCCGGAUUUAUGGGAAUCGAUCUGCCGCCCCAGGCUGGAGAUCUCUGGAUUUUGGGAGACGUCUUCAUUGGACGCUACUACUCGGUCUUCGACUUUGGCCAGGAUCGCGUCGGAUUUGCUCAAGCCAAGGACCGCAGCGGCAGGCCGAUCGACCCUCCUGUCCGCACUGUCCCCCACUACAAGAAGUACAUCGACUCCCGCGAGGAGGACUUC